GUCUCAAAAAUCUCGAUGGUUCAUCCACGGGCCAUCGCCAUGCAUUUUUCACUUUUUUAUUCUGUUUUAUUUAUCUCGUCUGAACUGAUCCUCAAGGCAGCGUCUUGUCAAGGAUUCCACAAGGAUAUCUGCUCUGCUCCACGAACCACUCGACAGCAGCUCUUUAUGAGAGGAGAACUUGGUUAUCUGGAUGUUUCAAAAAUCGGUACAAACAGAGUGGACGACAGUUUUGAAUGUAUCUUUAAAUGUCUUAGCCAUCCAGCGUGUCUUUCUGUGAACCUUGCUUCAUCUAAAGGAUUCGAUCAUGAUGGAAAGUUUUGGUGCGAGUUACUUCCCUCCGACAAAUACAGAAACUUCACGAAAUACAGUGAAAACAAAAGUUCCCAUCAUUUCGUUAUUAAGACUUCCUGUUCUUCCUCGCCAUGCCAAAAUGAAGGGACCUGUGUACCAAAUUACAACAGUGGCACCUUUGAAUGCCUGUGUAAGAAAGGCUUCAUUGGAGACUUCUGCGAGAAAGGCCUUGAGUCUUGUAAAGAUACGUACAGUUUCUACAAGUCGAACGCCAGCGAGUUAGUUACCUUGUACUUCCGAAAUUCGACAACAGCCUCCGUUCUCUGUCAAAUGGGAGAUUUUGGAUGUGGAGAUGGAGGUUGGACACCAGUUAUGAAGAUUGAUGGCAACAUGAAUACAUUCCGCUACGAUUCGAGAUAUUGGACUGACACUGAUGAAUACAAUCCUUCUGGCGGAGGGAGUGGGUUCGAUUCAGAAGAGACCAAAUUACCGACCUACUGGAACACACCCUUCUCCAAGAUCUGCCUUGGUAUGCGGGUCAGCGAACAGUUGAAGUUCACUGUUAUCAACAGGCAGGCUGACUCUCUUCACUCUCUGAUUGCUGAUGGCCAGUAUCGGGCCACUUCACUGGGUCGGAACAAGUGGAAAGAGUUAGCUGGUUCAGGGGUAUAUCUGCAGCCAAAUUGCAACAAAGAAGGGUUUAAUGCAAACAGUCAAGGAUCACAUUUUAAAGCAAGAAUCGGUAUCCUUGGAAACAACGAAGACGACUGCCGUACUUGUGAUUCUGUUAUCGGCUUUGGUAUAAGCUCUGGUAAAACAUGCGGCGAGUCUAAGACCGCCACAGUCAUGUGUUACAUUUUGGUCCAGUGACAAUUUACAAUUUACGCCAAUCAAUUAGAGGGUUUAAGUGGGACUGGGGGAAGGUUGAGUUGGAGUCGUCCAGAUGCACGCGGUUUCUACAUACAUGGCACAUGUUAGUAGCUCAAAAGUGAUCCUUUGUUAAUUUCUUGAAAGCUUAAUUCGUGGUCUAAGCUAAGAGGAUUAGCUUGAAGGGAUUGAUAUUAAACAGCGAUAGAAAAAACUGAGAAACUGUGAAGAGCAUGAUUUAAUAAGGUCCCUAAUUGAUGAGUUGUUUCCUAUUUCAUCACA